AUGAGGCCUGGUGGAAGCACAGGCUGGGCGACAGUAGACAAGAUGAUUAGGGGUCAUGCCAAAAAGGCACGGAUAAACUCAGAGGAUGUACUGGCGGACGCGCUGGAAAAGGCAUACAAGAAGCUCAAGGACCAAAUCAAGGGCCACAGCGACCUCGAUGCUGGUAUUCAGCGGUCACGAAUACCCGAUCAUCUGAAGUUCUUGGCUGCCCUCUCUAAUCCCCCAUCAUCAUCAUCAUUGGACACCGCCGAAGCGAUUAUCGAUAGAAUCGACAAUCCUCAGCCAGAGAAAGCAAAAUUGACAUGGAAAGACAUCUUUGCGGAGGAGCCGCUAGAAGGGCAGCACUGGGAAGGCGCAUACGGUCUACCUCCCGGAACCACGGUAGAGAAUUGGGAGACUCGCAGCGACGGCAGCUCACCCUCGCUGUCCCCUUGGGAUAGCGACUCAGACUUGGACGAGUCGAGACCUGCCUCACGUCUGUCUGAUGUACCAGAAACGCCUCCGACGCCUCCUACGGAAGGGACAGACCCUGAGGUGCCGAGGUUGGAUCCUCCGCUCGACCCCAUGAAUGCGUAUCGACAUAGGCAAGACGUGGAGGAGCUGCAUUCCAGACAGUACUGGAGAUCGGAUUGGCGGUCGGAUGCGUCUGUCCAUCAGCAAUUUGAUCUCGGAAACGCCUCGUCACUAGCACCUGCCUUCCAUCGUGCUCUGGGUUCACGAGCUGUGCUAAGCAUCGACGGUCCAAACAAAGAGAAUUACCGACAUGAGGAAGAUAUUGUCCGGGAAGUCCUCACGGGCCUUCAGGGUCGACGGAACAUGAUGUUCACUUGGGUGCACAGCGGCCCAGAAGCUUUCUCAUUCGUCCUGUCAUCCUCCGCUCCCCGCCUACUGCAUCUCACUGCGGGUGCUCAGGCAUCCAUCAUCUCAUCCUUCGCAACCCUCGCUACCGUCCUCGUCCACCUCCGCAAGUUCACAUCCGCGAUAUUUACCAAAGCAUCAGGCAAUAUACCACCUACCUCCGACGGCCAAGGGCAGCCAGCAUAUCUCACUCGCGCGCAGCGACGGAUUACGCAAACUCUUGAGGCGUUCGCGGACGCAUUGGAUGCUGAGGUCCGCGCGUUCGAUGCGUGGUGCGCACAGCGCGAGGAGGAUAUGUGUCACGCUCGCGCCGGGCUUGGCGGGAAGCUCGUCGUCUCGCUCCUCAGCCUCGAGAAGGCGAUUCGGGACAGUUUUGGCUCCUCCUUCCCUGUCCUGCUCGACAUCGUGCGCCUCGUCGUACGGCGCUCACAGCGCCUGCACGACAACGAGGAGGCCACGGAGGUCUGGACGCUCCCUGACCUGCCUCAACGUGCCCCGCCGUCGACGAUUACGGCUACCUUACUCGACGCACUGCUGGUCGCGGCGCAAGAGCACGUCUCGAUGGGCGACGCUGUCACCUCGUCGGCCAUCGUUCGCGUCUUCACUGCGAGCGCGGAACCGGUAUGGUCUAUGAUCUACAAGUGGAUGCGCGACGGGAUGCCUGUGCGCGACGGGCAGCUCGGGGCCUUGCCGCUGGCCGCGCAGGUGCACUCCCCGCUGAAGGCGCUGCAGGACGAGUUCUUUGUGGAGGACAACGAGAUGCUCGUGCUCGACCCCGACUUCUGGGCCGAGGGAUUCGCGCUGCGGGACGGACACUCUGGGACCGCUCAGGACGAGGACGCAGAUGAGCUGGGGCGGCCGACCAGCGUACCGGUCUUCCUCGUGCAUGUGGCACAACUAGUCCUUGCGACGGGGAAGGUGGCGGGGCUGUUGCGCGUGCUCGGAAUCUCUGCUCUUUUCGACGGGGAGCGCUUAGAAGAUGGGACGACGACUAGGCCCUGGAUGGCGGAUUGGCGAUCGUUCAAAACGCUCCUCAAGCAGCCACGAGUGCACGAAUGUAUUGAUGGGACGGGAGAAGUCACGGUCUCCUUGGAGGGCGCGGUUGCCUCGUCUGAGAACCUCUCACGGAUCGUGUAUGACGAGCUGCUCCCCUACUCGGAGCUCGCGCACGAGGCGCUCAGGAAAGUCCUGGUGGACGAAUGCGAGUUGUGGGCGCACCUCAACGCAAUGGAGGAUUUGUUCCUCAUGCGGAGAGGGGAUGCUAUGUCUCAUUUUGUCGACGUGUUGUUCACCAGGAUGGACACCCGCGAACGAUGGAACGACUUCCACUUUAUGAACUCCGCCUUUCGCGACGUCGUCUCGCUCUACUCCGGCCGCACGCGCUGGAUCGAUGCGUCACUCGUCCGGUUCUCCUUUCCUCACAAAGCUCAGGGGAAAGGUGCCCUGCAGGAGAAGAACAUCGCACAGACGGUUCGUGCGCUCGAUGGCCUUCUCAUCGAGUAUGCGGUACCCUUUCCUCUCACGUACAUCUUCGGUCCGCGGGCGAUGCGCGUGUACUCGAGCAUCUUCACUCUCGUGCUGCAGAUACGCCGGGCCAAGAGCGUGCUGGAGAGGAUUCUCGUGCGGGGUGGGCUCGCCGCGGGUAAGCAACUGGACGCGGAGAUGAAGGUGUUCUAUGCCAUGCGUGGGAGGUUGUCGUGGUUCGUGAACACCCUAUUGAAUUUCAUUACGACCAACGUCAUUCAUACUCAGAUCCUCAAGUUCCAUGAGGCAUUCAGACAGGCCAGGUCAUUUGACGACAUGAUCCGGCUACAGAACGAGCACCUGGACAAGCUCGAGGGGCGUUGCUUGCUCCAGAAGAACACCGUCGCGCUUCACCGUGCGAUCAUGUCCAUCCUCGACAUGUCUCUGCACUACACAGAGUGUUUCGUCUCCUUCGCCGGCGACACGACGCACGACAUCUCGCGCGCCUCGCUCGUCUCAUCCCGACAUCGGCAUCGGCAUCGCAGUCGCCGCAUGCGCAAACAGAGACGCGACGUCAUCGGGUUCUCCGACGCGCCUUCGCUCCUACAGCAUGCCGAGGACGACAGCUCGGACGAGGAGGGACUGGACGAGGAGAGCCUCGCGGGGCGCUCCGGACGCGAGCCGUCGUUCUCGUUUGGGGCGUCGACGACGGCGUCGUUCACGGAGGACGGGUUCCUCGAGCGGCUCGACAAGAUGUCGUCGGAGUUGGACGCCCUUGUGCGCUUUGUGAGGAGAGGCGUGGAGAGCCUUGCCGCAGGGGCGAGCGAGGCUGCACCGGCGUUUGGGAUCUUUGCGUUCGCGCUAGAGGACUGGGAUAGGUAG